CGAGCGAGGGGGGAAGAAGGCUUUUUAUAUGAGGGGGUGCGAUCUGACUUUGCGAUAAUUUGGGAUGAAUGCCGCACCACAGCUCCCGCAAGCACACAGAUAGCAUGGGCCCAUCUUUGAUUUCCCUCCGUAGCGGCGCGGUCUUAUGCGUGGUUUGGCUGACCAUCGCGGCAGAAAUAGACGUCGAUCCUGGCUGGGAAAACAUCUUUAGGUCCAGAAAUGCUGAUGAUUGGCGGUCUGUUUGGUUCACAGAGCGGCAUCGUCGGUGCUAUAACGACCUGGUGCGGCACAUGGACUGGGCCUGUGACAAAGACAUCUACGCAGUUCGGAAAAAGAAGAGAGAAUUAGAACCUUUCCUGGAAGACCAGAAGGCUCACCGGUUCCUGGGGCGGCGGCGGAAGCGGGGGUUGAACCACGCCCUUAUCAAGCGGGGGAUCAUGGACGAGUGUUGCCAUGCCAACGACGGAUGCUCGUGGGAGGAAUACGCAGAGUACUGCCCGGCCAAUUCCCGGCUGCGUAUAUCAUGAUACAAUUGUCACGCCUAAGUUAUCUUUUCCAAAUGAAGAACAAAUGAAUAUUUCCCUUUUUGAAUGUAAAAGGACAUUGAAUAAAAAACAUGGAGCUGGAAUAAACUGAUGUUU